AUGGGAAGAGGGACAGUAGAAUCGAGAGAGAAGGUGACACUUGCAAUUGACAGAGACAAAGGAAGUCAACAUGCUAUAAAAUGGGCUGUUGAUAAUCUUGUUACCGGAGGCCAACAUCUCAUCCUGCUCCAUGUCAAACAAACAACACCGGCGGUUUCUGCUGUAUCCCAAGGGGAGGAAACUGAAAAUGUGUACAAAAAACCAGUUGACCCAAUAACCAAAGAGCUGUUUCUUCCAUUCCGUUCCUUUUGCAGCAAAAAGCUUAUAAAAUGCAAAGAAGUCGUGGUUGAGGCUGCCGAUGUACCAAAAACCUUGAUCAACUAUGUUAUCUCUAAUUCAAUUGAGGUUCUGGUACUUGGAGCACCCACAAGAACCGGCCUUUUCAAAUCAUUCAAAACAACAACAGAUGUCCCAAGCUUCGUGCUAAAAGGGAUACCGGAUUUCUGCACUCUCUAUGUCAUUGGGAAAGGAAAGAUCUCAUAUAUGCAAACUGCUACCACAGCACCACCCCAAAAAGCACAUAACCAAAUUCAAAAACAAUCCAGCAGAAUUUCGGAAAAUGGUGAACAAUCCAUGCGCAAACAGCAUCCCAGGGGACGAUCUUCAAUGAACCACUCAUACGACCUAUCACCAGAGAAUAGUGAUAUAUCAUCUGUGAGCAGCGGAAGACCAAGCAUUGAUCACAUGUUUCCUUCCUUGUACAAUAGUGUGUCAUCGGGAAUAAGCUCCCAACAAUCAAUGGGCUCGGAGUUUGACAGCAUAAGCUCUGCGUCAUCUUACUCUAGACACCAAUAUAUUGACAUGAGCGCCUCACCAUACGGAUUCUCAACAUCCUCAUCGGAAAGUGGAAGAUCAUGGUCAUCGUCACAAAACGUGGAGGAAGUGGAAGUUGAGAUGAGGAGGCUCCAGCUAGAGCUCAAGCAAACAAUGGACAUGUAUAACGCGGCCUGCAAGGAGGCAGUCGCAUCAAAACAUACGGCAAACCGAUUGAAAUCAGAAGAACAACAACGAUUACAUGAGGCACGAAUAGCAGAGGAAGCUGCAUUGGCACAAAUAGAGAAUGAGAAAGCGAAAUGUAAGGCAGCCAUUCAGGCAGCAGCGGCAGCUCAAAUGAUUGCUGAACUGGAAUCCCAAAAAAGGAGGCUUGCAGAAAUGACGAUUCUUGGACAAGCUGAAGAGAAGAAGGGAACAGAAGCAACGGCAUACAGUUUCAGGUACAGGAAAUAUACAAUUGAGGAGAUUGAAGUAGCAACAAAUAAAUUUUCACAAGAUCGCAAGAUUGGAGAAGGAGGCUAUGGACCAGUGUACUGGGGUGAACUGGAUCACACACAAGUAGCAAUCAAAAUUCUACGUCCAGAUGCAGCGCAUGGUCGUUCACAGUUCCAACAAGAGAUCGAAGUAUUGAGCUGCAUACGACAUCCAAACAUGGUGCUCCUUCUUGGAGCUUGCCCAGAGUAUGGUUGUCUGGUCUAUGAGUACAUGGCUAAGGGGAGCUUAGAAGACUGUCUCUUCCAGCAAGGUAACAGUAAGACCCCGGCUAUUCCUUGGCAGCUCAGGUUUCGAAUUGCUGCAGAAAUUGGCACUGCGCUUUUGUUCCUUCACCAGACGAAGCCAGAACCAAUUGUACACCGUGACCUAAAACCUGGAAACAUUUUGCUAGACCAUAACUAUGUGAGCAAGAUUAGUGAUGUAGGUCUAGCCAGGCUUGUCCCUCCAUCUGUACAAGACUCUGUCACUCAGUACCGAAUGACAUCAACAGCUGGAACCUUCUGUUAUAUCGACCCAGAGUAUCAACAAACUGGCUUGCUUGGAACGAAAUCUGAUGUCUACUCACUCGGGGUCAUGUUUCUACAACUAAUAACAGCGAAAUCGCCAAUGGGUUUGACUCAUCAUGUCGAGCGAGCUUUGGAGCUAGGGACCUUUGCCGAGUUGCUUGACCCUGCUGUUCCUGACUGGCCAGUCGAGGAAGCCACCAACUUUGCCAAGUUAGCCUUACAAUGUGCUGAAAUGAGGCGGAAAGACAGACCUGAUCUUGGGAAGGUUGUGCUACCUGAACUUAACAGAUUGAGAGCAUUAGCCGAAGAUAGCAUGCCUGGUGCUGGUGGUGGUGGAGUAUACUCACAAAGACAUAGCAAAAGCUCGAUGUCCUCAUGUGAUCAAGAUGUGCUAAGCGACGUCCAUCAACCACUAUCUGGGUACGAGAGCUAA